AUGAGAAAAUCACUUUCCUCAGCCAAAAAACUCCACCAAUUUGCUCGCUUCAUCAAUUCCCCCAGCCGCCCUGUAUCCAAAUCUCGAUCCUCAUCCUCGGCCGAAUCCGCCAGGUGGAGACCCGAGUCCCACCAGGUGAGGCUGACCACGCGGACGAUGGAGGCGGCGGAGAGCUCGGAGGGUCUGCGGCGGACGCCGCUGGCGGAAGUGGUGGCAGACUGUGUCCAGCGGUGGUUCCAGGACACGCUCAAGGAGGCCAGAAACGGCGACACGGGCAUGCAGGUGCUUGUGGGCCAGAUGUACCACAGCGGAUAUGGAGUAGCUAGAGAUGUCCAAAGGGGAAAAGCAUGGAUUAGCAGGGCUGCAAAGAGUCGGUCGUCUGUGUGGAAAGUAGGCGAUAAGCAUCCAGGUUAUAAUGCUAGUGAUUCAGAUUCUGAUGAUGCAAAGGAAGCUGCCAAAUAG